AUAAUAAUAAUAAGAAUUAAAUAAAUAAAGGACAAAAUUAUUUCCAUUCCUGUCACGACGCACAAAGGGGAGGAAGGCCAGGAUUCAGUUUCCUCCACUUUCCACUCCCGUCGAAGAAGAUUGAUGCGAAGCUCGACCUCCCCUCGUCCAUGGCGGUUUCCGCCGAUGCGAAGCUGAAACUGAGGCGUCCGGGAUCACGCGCCAAGAUACAGUGCACGUUCUAAUACGGAUUGCCUGUCUCAGAUCUGAGGCAACCGCCGAUCCGAGUUAGUUUCAUCGAGUGAGAUUGUUCCCGGUUCCAUUUCGGUUGACGAAAAAAUGGAGGAGUUCAUAGAUAACCUGCCGGCCAUGGAUCUGAUGCGCUCCGAGAAGAUGUCUUAUAUUCAGUUGAUUAUGCCCGUCGAGUCCGCUCACCGCGCCAUCUCCUACCUCGGAGAACUCGGCCUCCUUCAGUUCCGUGAUCUGAAUGCUGAUAAGAGCCCUUUCCAACGAACAUUUGUAAACCAGGUAAAACGAUGCGGGGAGAUGUCAAGAAAGUUAAGGUAUUUCAGAGAUCAAAUCAGUAAGGCUGGUAUGGUAUCAUUAGAGCACCCAGUCAUGCAGCCAGACGUCGAAUUGGAAGAACUGGAGAUCCAACUUGCUGAACAUGAGCAUGAGUUGAUGGAAAUGAACUCCAACAGUGAACGACUUCGGCAAUCAUACAAUGAGCUCCUGGAGUUUAAGAUGGUACUGGAGAAGGCGAGCAGUUUUCUUUUCUCAGAAAAGAAUCACCAUGCGGUUGUUGAGGAGAGAGAACUAGAGGAAAGUGUAAAUUCAAAUCAUGACUACAUCGAGACAGGUUCCUUACUUGAAAAGGAGAUGAGACCUGGAUUGUCAGAACAAUCUGGUGUGAGGUUUAUCAGCGGGAUCAUAUGUAAAUCCAAAGCAGUUAGAUUUGAGAGGAUGCUUUUUCGUGCUACAAGAGGCAAUAUGCUUUUCAAUCAGGCCCCUGCUGACGAAGAGAUCGUGGAUCCUGUGACAUUUGAAAAAGAUGCGAAAGUAGUAUUUAUGGUAUUUUUCUCAGGAGAGCAAGCAAAGACGAAGAUUUUGAAAAUCUGUGAGGCAUUUGGUGCCAAUUGUUAUCCUGUUCCUGAAGAUGUUACUAAGCAACGGCAAAUAACUAGAGAAGUUUUGUCUCGUCUUUCUGACUUGGAAGCAACCUUGGAUGCUGGGAUCUGGCACAGAAACAAAGCCCUUUCAUCCAUUGAUGACAAUCUAACAAAAUGGGUAAAUAUGGUAAGAAGAGAGAAAGCCGUAUAUGAUACAUUAAAUAUGUUGAACUUUGAUGUAACAAAGAAAUGUCUUGUUGGAGAAGGAUGGUGCCCCAUAUUUGCUAGACCUAAGAUCCAGGAGGCUCUGCAGCGUGCAACAUAUGAUAGUAAUUCCCAAGUUGGUAUUAUAUUUCAUGUGAUGGAUGCAAUGGAAUCUCCUCCUACAUACUUCAGGACCAAUCAUUUCACAAACGCAUUUCAAGAAAUUGUUGACGCAUACGGAGUUGCAAGAUAUCAAGAGGCAAAUCCAGCUGUUUACACUGUCAUUACAUUUCCUUUUCUUUUUGCGGUGAUGUUUGGGGAUUGGGGUCAUGGAAUAUGCCUGUUGUUAGGAGCUUUAGUCCUUAUUGCUCGGGAAAGUAAGCUCAGUAAGAAGAAACUAGGCAGCUUUAUGGAGAUGCUAUUUGGGGGACGCUAUGUACUCCUUUUGAUGGCUAUAUUUUCCAUAUACUGUGGAUUGAUCUACAACGAAUUCUUCUCUGUUCCAUUUCACAUUUUUGGUGGAUCUGCUUACAGAUGUAGAGAUGCUUCUUGCAGCGAUGCACGUACAGUUGGUUUGGUUAAGUACCGGGAUCCUUAUCCAUUUGGUGUCGAUCCUAGUUGGCGAGGAAGCCGUUCAGAACUUCCAUUCCUGAACUCUCUCAAGAUGAAGAUGUCUAUUUUAUUGGGUGUGGCACAGAUGAAUCUAGGUAUCCUAAUUAGCUACUUCAAUGCACGCUUUUUUGGCAGCUCACUUGAUAUCAGGUACCAGUUCAUUCCUCAAAUGAUCUUCCUCAACAGUCUCUUCGGGUAUCUGUCGCUUCUCAUCAUUAUAAAAUGGUGCACGGGUUCGCAAGCAGACCUUUAUCAUGUAAUGAUCUACAUGUUCCUGAGUCCUACCGACGAUCUUGGUGAGAAUGAGCUAUUCUGGGGCCAGCGACCACUUCAGGUCGUUCUAUUGCUUUUAGCACUCGUUGCAGUCCCAUGGAUGCUCUUUCCAAAACCUUUCAUCUUGAAGAAACUUCACACUGAGCGAUUUCAAGGGCGUACUUAUGGGAUGCUCGGUACUUCCGAGAUGGAUCUUGAUGUGGAACCCGAUUCUGCACGGGCACGGCAACAUCAUGAUGAUUUUAAUUUCAGUGAGGUCUUUGUGCAUCAAAUGAUACACUCCAUAGAAUUCAUCCUGGGUGCAGUUUCCAACACAGCUUCAUAUCUUCGGCUCUGGGCUUUAAGCUUGGCCCACUCAGAACUGUCAACUGUCUUCUACGAGAAAGUCCUCCUCCUUGCCUGGAGCUACGACAACUUCAUCAUCAGAUUAGUGGGGCUGGCUGUUUUCGCUUUUGCAACUGCCUUCAUACUAUUGAUGAUGGAGACGCUCAGCGCUUUCCUUCAUGCCCUGCGUCUUCACUGGGUAGAAUUCCAGAACAAGUUCUACCACGGAGAUGGCUAUAAGUUCAAACCGUUCUCCUUUGCAUCACUAAUUGACGAUGAAGACUAGUUGUUCAACACUCGAAUCUCAUUUCGGUUUUGAUUCUUCUUAGAAACACUAUAGAAAGAGAUAGAAAAAGAGGGAGACGGGUUUUAUUAACAGUUCGACCAGACGAGAUGGACAUAAUAGGUAGAAAAAAGACUCAAAAUUUUUGGGCAGCAGCUAAACGGCAGAACUUGGUUAUGGGGGUUUAGAUUCUUUCACCAGCUACUAUACUUUGAAAAGUUUUCAGAGAUUCUUGGGAACCAACUUUUUGUAAAGAGAGGACUUCUGGUUCUUGUAAGCCUUCUUGCUUUCUUUUUCUUUUGUCUUUUUUUUUUUUUCCUUUUUUUAUUGGGGAAUUUUGUAUAAUAAUACAUUUUACAUACGAAGCUAGUUUGGUGGAUCUGGGAUCUUGUUUGGUCUUUAAUAUGUGAUAAUAAGAUUCUUGUCCAUGAAAUAGAA